CCUGCCCAGUCUCUCUGGCUUGCCUGCCUGCUACAGUCCUGCCGUCGUAGUUGGGUAAACUCCAUGGCGAAGACCAGUCAGCCGGCAGACGGCACUGAGUAACCGUGGAUUAAACACACACUCUGGGCUUCUUUGGCGGGAAUAACGGGAAUUACUAAUCGGCGGAGCCGAAAGCUUGUGAACGAGGAGUGUUUUUAAGCGAGAAACACAGUUUAGCGAAUCUUCCUGUCAGGUAACGUUAACAAACUCGGUAGAGCCGUUACCAUUAGCAGUGAGAGAGAGAGAGAGCGCGCGCUAGGCGGGAAUGGCUUCGUCUCCAUGUAGCGCUGCUGGUGGUAGUAACUUUGACUGCGGACUCGAAAUCAAAACUCGGUCGGUGGAGCAAACACUCAUCCCGCUCGUCUCUCAGAUAACCACCCUGAUAAAUCACAAAGACAAGCUAAAGAAGUCAGAAAAGACCUUGCGGGCUAUCCAGAAGGUUGGCCAGGCGGUCAGUGUUGCCGUGGGCCGCUUCGUGGCCGUGGGAGAGGCCAUCGCACUGGAGAAUGAAGAACUGAAGGAAGAGAUGAGCCACGCUUGCUUUGAGGCACGGAAAGCAGGAACGGCCAUAGCGCAGCUGACAGACGUAUGUGGUGUGGAGCAGAGUGAAGCCGAUGGCCGCAGUACAGUGUUCAGUGACAGGACGGGUAUGGUGAAGGCUGCCCGCAUGUUGCUGUCUUCCGUCACCAAAGUGCUGGUGCUUGCAGACCGCAUUGUCAUCAAACAGAUCAUCAGCUCCCGCAACAAAGUGCUGGUGACACUGCAACAGUUGGAGCAAGUCAGCACCUUUCAGGAGUUUGUACAGAUCUUCAGCCAGUUUGGUAAUGAGAUGGUGGAGUUUGCCCACCUUACAGGAGACAGGCAGAAUGAUCUUAAAGAUGAGAAAAAGAAAGCGCGAAUGGCUGCGGCUCGUGCUGUGCUGGAGAAGUGCACCAUGAUGCUUCUCACUGCUUCCAAGACAUGUCUGAGACACCCAGACUGUGAGUCUGCACGGAUCAACAAGGAUGCUGUGUUCCAGCGCAUGCGCCUGGCCCUGGACCAGGUCAUAGAGAUUGUGACCGAUGCCAGGACCAGUGGCGAAUCCAAAGCAUUGCCCAUGAGCAUCUAUGCUGGGAUUAAAGACUUUAAGGGUAAGGUGGAGGGUCUGAGGGAUUCUCUGUACUGUGUUCCUUGUGAGGCUGUGGCAGCACAGUUGGAGGCCCUGGUGGAGCAGACUGAAGACUUCACAGAUUCAGCCUACACCAGCCAUGAGCAGCGAGAAAGCAUACUGCAGCUGUGCCUCAUCACACGGCAGGAAACUCAGCAGCUCAUUUCCACCUGGAGCCGGGAGCAGCAGUCAGUCAAAGCCAAAGAGGUGACGGAGGAAGUGGAGCUGGCCAUUCUAAAAACCUGUCAGAGUGUCAGUGAGCUGAGGCGAGAGCUCCAUAAGGUAGCAGUGGGACGGGCCAGUGAGCUUCUGAAGCUGCACUGUGAUCACCUUGUGCUGCAGGCUCUGAAAGCGGGCGGUGGUGAGGGAAACCUGGAGGCAGUGGCUGAGUAUGGCCGUACACUGACUGAGCAGAGGGAGCAGCUGGUGGAGACCUGCCGACUGCUGUGCCACAUCUCGGGGACAGAGCCACUGGAGAUCACCUGUAUCCAUGCAGAGGAGACCUUCCAUGUCAUUGGUCCACAGAUCAUCUCAGCUGCGCAGACACUAGCCUUGCAUCCUAACAGUAAGAUAGCCAAAGAGAACCUGGACGUGUUCUGCGAGGCCUGGGAGUCGCAGCUGAGUGACAUGGCCAUCCUGCUGAAAGAGAUCAACGAUGUGUUUGAAGGCCGCAGAGGUGAUAAAAGAACCUAUCUGUCAUUACCUAGACCAGGGAAGCACUCAGCUAAUCUGAAGACAGUAAAGGCUGCCAAGCUUGAUGCAGAGGAGCAGACCACCAUUGCUAAGCUGGGGCUGGAGCUUCGGCUGCUCACCUCAGAUGUGGACUCUGAGCUAGAGCGCUGGGAGGAGCAGGAGCAUGAGGUGGUGCGGCAGUGCCAGAGCAUGUCCAGCAUGGCCUACUCCAUGUACCUCUUCACCAGGGGGGAGGGCCUGCUCAAGACUACGUUGGACCUGUUCCACCAAGCUGAGGUUCUGUCAGAGCAGGGUCUUCAGCUGUGCUCCUUCCUGCAGUCCUUCUCCACACAGCUGGUGGAUGAAGAAAAAAUGCUAGUGCUGUCUGAGAUGGAGAAGUUGGCAGCAUCCUGUCAGCAGCUACAAGUCUGUGCAAAGACACCUGUCCAGGGGAAGAGUGCUACCUUUCAGAAGGUGGACACAUCCAUACAGAACACCAAAGGCAUUAUGACAGUUUUGGUCUCUCUCCUGCCACUGUGUAAUAAGCUCAUCAGAAAGUGUAAAUCGGAGCGCAGCAGUCUGGGCUCGCCACAGCACUGGAGAGAGAGGCAGAUCAGCACUCCAGUUAAAGAGGACGCACUGAACGGCAAGGGCUCGAAUGGCUUCGGAGUCAAAUCCCUGGAACAACACAUGGCCAAUAUGACCUUCCUAGAGAGCAAGUAGCUCUGGGCCCUUUUAGCCUUCCUCCUCUAACGAGACCUGGAGUGUUAUUCCCCACACACACACGUGCACACACACACACACACACACUCUCUCAAAAAGCGCAUUGCAGUGGACUCGCCCACUGUGUGUCUCUAUGUGUGCUUUGCCCAGAUGUUUUGUGGUGUACAGUAGCUGUUAGUAUAUCAGCCUCACACCGUACAUAUACAUACACCAAAAAAACACAGCCCAAACACGCUCUCUCCCUCUCUCACACAUAAACCAGUGCAUGUUUUCAGGUCAAUUCCAAACUGUGUAGUGGCUGUUGAACAAGCUACCAUUAAGAUGAAGUGUAUAAUUUAUCACCAUAUAUUAUCAUGUGUUAUCAGAAUAGCUUAUUUUGAAACGCAAAUUAUAGUCACCUCAAAUGUUUCAAUGUAGGACACUCUCACACUGUAUUUAAUGUAUCUGCCUCAUUUAGACGUCAACACCAAAUAUGUUCUCUAUUAUGAUCAUCUCUCUCUACUGGGCUUUCUGACAAGCUGCCAGCGCAAGGCUACAAGGCAACGUCUCAUGGACUUCACAUUUUCAGCGUUCCGAACAUUACUGUGUUUUUAAAGGGCGUCUCCAACGAGUCAUUUUCCAAAAAGUAAUUCUGACAGAUCUGACUUUGAUCCAAAAGUGACAUUUACGGUAUUAAAAGGAAGAUUUUCAGUUUUUUUGGUUCACUUGUGGCAAGAGUGACUGCCUUGUUGUAUGGACUGCCCUGUAGGUCACUGUGAUUUGUAUUGUUACUUGAAACAUAAUGGAUGUUGAGCUCGGGUACGCUAACUCCAAACGGUCAGAAUGAAGCCUGGGUAUAAAAAUCAAUAGACUUGACUGGUGUGUACUUUAGAGCAAGUGGUUCAUAAGGCACUAUCCAUUGCUACCUUUCAUUUCUGUGCACUACAAAGCCUCAUGCUUCACUCAAGAUUAUUUGGGCAUAUACAAUAGGCUGGAGUCUAAAAUGUUUCUAUUCAGGUGUGAUAUAUAAACACACUUUUAACUGUACUUUGAAAAUAGAAGUUCAUACCUUGCUGAAACCUUUCUCAAAAGUACACUGCAGUCAAACCAUAAGCUUUAGAGAUGCUUGAGCAGCUAAGAGUUUGAGUGGAAUUAGUUUUGGACCAUUGAUCCUUUUGACAGUUGAAUGAUUGUUAAACUGAGAAAUACCUAAAUAUACAU